AUGGCCGCUCAUUCACAACUGGCUCUGUCGCGCUUCUCAGUGUUCUCGCAAGGUGCACGAGUUGAAGAUGGUCAACCAUGGUCAAUCGCCACCCACACUCAGACGUCACCUACUGAUGCUUUCGGCACCAUUGGAGGAGCACAUGCACACAAGGCACAAUUCAUCCGUCUUGGCUACGAUUCUGAACCUGAAAAUGUGAUGUAUCUCAUGGAGAAGGAAAAACUAGGCGGAAUGUUCCGUGACGGACUACUGAAAGCGGCACAGACUACAGGAGCAUGGAUAAUCACUGGUGGUCUGGAUUGCGGUGUCGUAAAGCACGUGGCUCGGGCGCUUGACGAUGCUGGUAUUUCGGCUAGAAUGAGAUCGAAAAUAGUGACGAUCGGCAUCGCGCCAUGGGGAGUCAUCAAGCGAAAGGAGCGU